AUGUUUCAUAUUUUAGUUGUUUACAUUAAUUGUUACUUUUUACAGAUGUCAAAUGUGGUUGACAAGCUGCGGCGUGGUGUAGCUAAAACCAUUCAAGCUGCAUCUGAAAAUGAAGUUUACGACAGUCUACCGGAUUGUGAUGAUCUUUUACUGGCCAAUAAAUUUACCAUCAAGAUUUACGAACUUCCCAGCGAUUGCAAUGCACCGUCGCCAUCUGACUUCAGACCAGUGCAUUUUGAAGUGAAUGCUAAAGGAAGCACAUGUGGUAAACUAUUUGCUGGAGAGUUAGUUGAUGGUCAAGGAAUUCUUCUAAGGACAACACGUGGGAAAGCUGUAAUGGAUGUAAGGCUUCCGGAGAAUUCAAGGACCCAUAUGGGAAAAAUCCUGCAUCCUGCCGGGGCUACUCUUUACAAGGUUGUGUGUAAUAUAUUGGAUUUUGUUAGCACAGAAAUGAAGGAGGUAUCAAAGUUUGCCCUAAAACUGUGUACUACUGCACAGCGUUUAUUUUAUAGAAAACAAAGAAUUUUUAAGGUGUUUGGAUUGUUGCAAAAUUUGGUUCGCUGUUGUGUUUGCAUGAACGGCGAAUAUUCACUUGACUUUUAUAAACCAAACUGUGGAAGUGUUGGUUUUGUUAGACCAUCAAUAUUCACGACCAAAGAAUCAAUCGAAUUGGAGUUCAAGUUUGUGAUCUUUUCAGUCUUACUUAUAAAACUGAUCUAAAU